UGGGCCUCUCGCGCCUAGUUUCCCAGUCUCUUCCUGAGUCUGGGUCCGGGGUUGCCCCCAGCGUGCGCCCAGGCACAGCAGAACCCCAAAAGCUGACUGACAGGUUUUCUCCAGUAAGAGGUGGCUCUUGAAGCUCUGCAGAAACAAGUGUGGUGUGUGAUUUCAAGGCACGAUGGCUGCAAAAGUGGUCCCUAUGCCCCCCAAGCCAAAGCGGUCCUUUAUACUGAGAGUCCCUCCCAACUCCAAGCUGGGCCAAGACCUACUUCGAGAUGCUACUAGUGGACCCAAGAUCAUCCACCAACUGGUCCUGGAGCACUUCCUCACCUUCUUGCCCAAGCCAAGCUUAGUCCAACCCAGUCAGAAAAUCAAAGAGACCUUGGUUAUUAUGAAGGAUGUGAGUUCAGACCUUCAGAAUAGAGUGCAACUUCGUCCCUUAGUGAAGCUUCUGCCUAGAGAAGGAACCCAACAGAAACAGGAGACAGUAUCUCUGUGUCUGAAAUCUGAAUCUGAGAAACUGGUGGUCUUUGAGGAUUUGAACGUAUUUCACUCCCAAGAAGAAUGUGUAAGCCUGGAUCCUGCUCAGCAGCCCACCUCAGAGAUGGAAGAAGACAGCAUUGGGGAGAUGAUGCUACUGGCAAGGGUGGAGGGCAUCUCUCCUGGUAAUCAAGACCUGCGGCUGAUGUGCUAA